AUGGAUGCGAAUACGACGGCCAUGGAGAAGAUCGCGUCGGAGAACGAUCGAUCGCUUACCGCUCUCCUGCGCUUUCUCAACUCCCUUGCCCCGCACAACGUCGAGCACCCGGCAGCCGGGACUCUGGAUCUGACUUUCCACAUUAGGUCUAGUGAAGAAAUCCGGGAGAAAAAAGCCGAGAUCAGUUCUGAUCCUCAGAAAGAAGAGGGAGGAGAGUUAGCCGGUGUUGGAAAGGAUGGAGUAUUAGGGAAGCUGCGGAAGGUGCAGCUUAGGAUAAGGACAACUGGUGGUAACUGCAAGGAUUUGGUGGGGCGGCAACUAUCAGCCUUCUUUCAAGACUGUGGAGUUCCCUCUGAGUUUGUGUGGCCCAAGGGUUACUGGGACCUGCUCUCUCCUGUCGCUGUCACACAGCAACUCGCGAAAGAGGACGCCAAAGCUGCUGCUGCUACAGCAGAAGUAGCCGCAAUUCAGCAGCAGCAGAAGCAGGAGGAGAAAAAGAACCACCCAAGAUUAGAAGCAGCGCUGGAUGCAAUAAACGGUGCACUAGAAGCGAUAGCAUCGGUACCGUGGCAUGAAGCUCUGGAGGACAAAAAGCGAAUAGAGGACCAGCUUUUGACAGUGCUGGUGGCUGAUGGAUGGAAGGUGGGAGAGAGUGUGAAGCGCAUAUGGGCUGGGGAAAGGGAUGUGAGGAAGCUGUGUCUGGGGUUGGAUGAAGGGAGUGCGAAGAUGGUGGCUCGGGUGUUAGGGCAUGUGAAGGGAAAUGAUAAGGAGCAUGGGAAAAUGGUGUAUGUGGUGGAGGGGAUGGAAGAAGAGAAGGAAGCAAAGGAUGGAGUUAGUGGUGAUGAGAAGGGAGGGGAGGCUGUUGGGAAAGGAGGAGGCAAGAAGGGCUCUCUUAAGAUUGAAAUCAUUUGA